AUGGGCAUUGAAACAUCUGCACCCGAUGUCGAAGAAUCGACGGAGCCUCCUAUAUGUCCUUAUCAGAAGGAAUCUAACUCGCAACCAAAUUACCACCCCAAUGAUGUAAAGUCAGGUCCCGAGAUUGAAAGUCGGUCACUAGCGCAGGAUCCGACAUCAUUGAAAUUUGCAACACAUAGCUCCUCUCGCGAAGAAGACUUUCGCAGCUCGUUACAGUAUGCUCACACCAUCGACCCAGAGCACUUGGCUGUCCUUCUUGACGUUGAUGCUCGACAUGGCCUCUCCACCGCUGACUCGGCCACUCGCCUACAGCGAGAUGGCCCCAACAGAGUCCGAGAAAUGGAAGGUUUAUCCGUUCUUUUGAUCACCAUGGCGAUAUCCUUCGGUAUCGAUGACUACAUUGAAGGAGGAGUGAUAACUGCAGUCAUUCUCCUCAAUAUUAUUGUCGGAUUUGUACAAGACUACCGGGCAGAAAAGACAAUUAUGUCUCUGCACAGACUAUCCGCGCCUGUAUGCAAGGUUCUGCGCGAUGGCCAGGUUUCCUCUGUAAAGGCCGAAUCUCUGGUAGUUGGCGAUAUCGUGCAACUAGCGGUUGGUGAUAUCGUCCCUGCGGAUAUGAGACUACUCGAUGGUAUGAAUGUCUCAAUGGACGAGGCAUUAUUGACUGGCGAAUCCUUGCCGGUGACCAAGACACCACAUAUCACGCUGACCUCGCAUGGUGUACCGCUUGGUGACAGAACAAACAUGGCAUAUUCUGGGUGCAGCACCACACAGGGCCGAGCUACAGGAUUCGUCACUGCUACGGGAAUGAUGACGGAAGUCGGCAAAAUAGCUCAGCUACUUCAAGACAAAAGAGAUCUGGGAAGCACUAACCCGUUCGUUCGAGCGUUCCAGAAUGUAAAGUCUACGACCAAAAACGUUCUAGGACUCGUCGGCACUCCAUUGCAAGUGAAGCUGAGCAAGUUCGCGCUUCUCCUUUUUGGCCUUGCGGUACUUCUCGCCAUCAUUGUCUUCUCUGUCAAUAAGUUCGACGUCCAGGGAGAAGUCUUAAUCUACGGUAUAUGUGUUGCAGUAGCAGUCGUACCUGAGUCCUUGAUUGCGGUGCUUACCAUUACUGUCGCGGUGGGUACAAAGGCAAUGGCUAAGGGAAAUGUCAUCGUGCGUAAGCUACAAUGCCUUGAGGCUGUUGGCGGGGUGACAAAUAUAUGCUCCGAUAAAACUGGCACCCUCACACAAGGCAAAAUGAUUGCACGAACUGCCUGGAUCCCACGUGCCGGUACUGUUACCAUCAGCCAAACAACCAACCCGUAUGACCCGACGAGCGGGUUGGUUCAAAUUGACGAAGUUGACUGGCAACCGGACACAAUGCAGGGUAACCAAGCACUGAAUAUUUUCUUGAAUACUAUUUCACUAUGCAACCUUUCGUCUGUACACAAACAGCCGCAGUCAAUGUCGUCAGAAACGGAGCCUGGACAUGGUGCACAGAUGAGGUGGACUGCCGUCGGGGAGCCAACUGAAAUCGCCCUUCAAGUCCUCGCGAUGCGAUUUGGCCUCGGAAAGCCAAGCAUACUCCAGAACAGCAGUUUACAACUCCAUACGGAAUACCCAUUUGACUCUUCUAUCAAGCGGAUGACGGUAGUUUACCGUAACCCUGAAAUGAGUGUGAACGAGGUUUAUAUGAAGGGAGCUCCAGAGGCAGUUAUCCCUAGAUUGAAUAGCAGCGAGAUAGAGCAGUCUUCUAUUCAACAGACUGCAGACAGAAUGGCCGGAGAGGGGCUGCGUGUUCUAUGCGUCGCUUACAAACGAGUCCCUAUUGAUAAUGACUCUGAUGUAUCCUCGCGUAGCACAGCUGAAUCAAAUCUGGCCUUUGGCGGACUCGUGGGACUAUAUGAUCCCCCACGUGUUGAGACUGCAGCAGCGGUACGGAGAUGCCAAAUGGCAGGCAUCGCUGUACACAUGUUGACUGGUGACCACAUUCGGACAGCAACAGCUAUUGCCUCGGAAGUUGGUAUACUGGACCCCAUUAUGGGUGCCAAAUCCAGCCGAUUGGUGAUGGCAGCCGAGGAUUUCGAUCGGCUGUCCGACAUUGAGAUAGAUGCUAUCGAGCAGUUACCGCUCGUCAUUGCGCGAUGCAGUCCAACGACAAAGGUCCGAAUGGUGGAGGCAAUGCAUCGGCGUAGCGCGUUCUGCGUCAUGACUGGUGAUGGAGUCAAUGAUUCACCGGCUUUAAAGCGCGCCGAUGUGGGUAUAGCGAUGGGAAUGAAUGGCAGUGACGUGGCCAAGGAAGCUGCCGAUAUGGUUUUGACCGAUGAUAAUUUCUCAUCCAUUGUAAAAGCGGUCGAAGAGGGAAGAAGGCUUUUUGAUAAUAUUCAAAAGUUUCUAAUGCACCUACUCAUCUCAAAUAUCGCACAGGUCGUCCUCCUACUCGUCGCUCUGGCAUUCAAAGAUGCAGAGGGGAACUCUAUAUUCCCCCUCUCUCCGCUCGAGAUUCUGUGGGCUAACCUAGUCACCUCGUCAUUUCUUGCGAUAGGUCUGGGGCUUGAGGAGGCUCAGCCCGAUAUCAUGUAUCGCCCCCCUCAUGACUUAAAGGUAGGGGUGUUUACCCGGGAACUCAUCACCGACAAAAUGAUAUAUGGAACGUGCAUGGGCUCACUGUGUCUUGUGGCCUUUGUAUGUGUUAUCUAUGGAAACGGCAAUGGCACCUCUUCUAUGGGGCACGACUGUAACGAAUCGUGGAAUGAAAGUUGUCGGGUCGUCUUCCGGGCGCGAGCGACAACAUAUGCAACUCUGACCUUCCUACUUCUCGUCACUGCCUGGGAGGUGAAGCACUUUUCACGAUCAUUAUUCAACCUAGAUCCGGGCAGAUAUCCCGGCAAAUUGUCUGUGUUUCAUUCCAUCUGGCGCAACCGGUUCUUAUUCUGGGCCGUUGUCGCUGGGUUUAUCAUCGCUUUCCCGGUGAUCUACUUACCGGCAGUAAACCGGAUUGUUUUCAAGCAUCAAGCAAUUGGUUGGGAGUGGGGCGUUGUAUUCGGGUGCGUUGUGGUGUACCUAGCGAUGGUGGAGAUCUGGAAAGCGACGAAGCGAGCCUUCGGUAUCGGCAGCGGCAAGAAUGCCACUCUCACUCUGGAAGAUGCUGAGACCAGGGCGGGUCUUGCAUCACCGGUCCUGACUCUGAGUGCCAACGCUAGUGUUGAUGCCAGCGUAGAGAUGAAGUAG